CGUUUCCAGCCGAGCCGGGCCGGGCCGGGCGGGGAGAGCGGCGGCGCGUCGGUUCCCGCCGGCCCAUCCUGAGGGGCGGCCGGUUUGCCCCGGGCGGCCGGGGGCGGAGGCGGCAUGGCCGGGGCGGUGAAAGUGCUGAGGACUCUGAGGAACCACUGGAAGAAAACCACGUUCGGAGUCUGCCUGCUGAGCUGGGGCGGGAACUGGCUCUAUGGGAAGCACUGCGAUAACCUGCUACGAAGAGCUGCAUGCCAAGAAGCCCAGGCUUUUGGCAACCAGCUUAUCCCUUCCAGUAUGCCAUUGAAGAAAGCAACAGUGUUCCUCAACCCAGCAGCUUGCAAAGGCAAAGCCAGGAACCUUUUUGAAAAGAAUGCUGCUCCAAUUUUGCACUUAUCUGGCUUGGAUGUAACUGUGGUUAAGACUGAUUAUGAGGGCCAAGCAAAAAAGCUGCUGGAAUUGAUGGAAACCACAGAUCUGAUCAUUAUUGCAGGAGGAGAUGGCACAGUACAAGAGGUCAUAACUGGACUUCUCCGCAGAGCAGAUGAGGCUCUCUUCAGUAAGAUUCCUAUCGGAUUCAUACCUCUUGGAAAGACCUGCACUCUGAGCCACACGCUCUACCCUGAGAGCACAAACCAAGUCCAACAUAUUACUAAUGCUACAUUGGCUAUUUUGAAGGGAGAGACAGUUCCACUUGAUGUCUUGCAGAUCAAGGGAGAAAAGGAACAGCCUGUGUUUGCAGUGACUGGUUUAAGAUGGGGAUCUUACAGAGAUGCAGGAGUUAAAGUUAGCAAGUACUGGUACCUUGGGCCUCUGAAAACCAAAGCAGCUCACUUUUUCAGUACGUUUAAGGAAUGGCCUCAGAAGCAUCAAGCUGCUCUCAUGUAUCUGGGUCCAACUGAGAGACCUCCAGAAGAGCCAGAGGAGAAACCGUCCAGACCUCCUUUGUAUGUCAGGCUUUACAGACGACUUUGGUUGUACUGGUCAUCCCCUCCAAAAGAAGUCCCCCAGGAGGUAACCCCAGAGGACUGGGAAGAACUGAAGCUAUCCACCAUUGAGCUUUCCAUUGCAACUCGGAACAGGCAGCUCAAUCUGACACGCACCGAAGACUUCAUGGAUAUUUGCAUUGAAGCAGAUACUGUCAGCAAAGGACAGUUUGUGAACAGAGGAAGUCAAAAGAUGUGUGAUCCACAUAUGUGCCCUGAAGGGAGUCAGUGCAUCCAAGCCAGCAGAUGCAUCUUGCAACUUCCAGAGGGCACUGAGGGAUCCUUUGGCAUUGAUAAUGAGGAGUAUGAAGCUAUGCCUGUGGAGGUGAAGCUAUUACCCCGGAAACUCCGGUUCUUCUGUGAUCCCAGAAUGAGAGAGCAGAUGCUCCAUGCAGCAGUACAGUGAGAAUUCAUGUCAAAGGGGCCAGGGCCAAUGCCUCUUCAAGGCACAUGAGACCUCCCUAACUUGAUUAACCCCACCAGACUAAUAAGCCAUUUGGCUAGUUUUAUGCGCAAGGUACUUCCAUUGGAAGUGGCUGCUUUGGCUAGUCUCAAAGGGGUUAAAAAGGAAAAUUCUGAGAAAUGCAUGUUAACUUGAUGGCAUCUUUUUUUCCCCCAAAGAAGUCAUCAGUGUUCCAUUUACAGCACUGCAGGCUGAGUGCUGUGCGCCAGAUGCUACUGCUUUAAUACAAUUGUAUAUUAAAGUAAAGUGAAAGCACGCUUGUCCUUGUGUUUUAAGAGUUUAGGUCUACUUUACCUAUGUAUAAAUAUUGCAAAACCUGGGAAAAAUAUUUUGGGGGAGUAAUGCUAAGGAAGUCUAUGAAAUGUUGGAAUUGCCACAUGAAAACAGGUGGUUGGUUAUCUCCUCUGUCACAAAAUAAAUUGGAGAUUGGUGAUACAAA